GUCAAGCAGCCUGCGAAACUCAAGAAGAAGAACCUCUUUGCGCAGCAUUCGUCCUCGCCAUCCUCGUCUGCCAGGGACAAGUCCAAGGGUCUCGGCCGGUCCUUCUCUGUGAAACAUAACAAGCCCAGUUCAUUUGCUCAACACCAGCAGCAGCAGUUCGUCGACCGUAGGCGUCCAUCGGAACCAUAUCUAGGUUUCAGACAAGAGCAUGGAGUAGGAGAGCUCCACUCCAAUCCGCUGAUGCAGCAGAACACAGAGCUCGAUCCCACUUCCAACCCCUCGUACGGCCUCCAGCCGGCCGCCGAUCCCUCCUCGCAGCAUCAAUACUCUCAUCCUCCGCCGCAUUCGCCGCUCGAACAUCCUCCCUCCAUCCAGCGCGUCAACACCGAUCCGCUGGACGCGACACCCUUCCACCACGAUCGACGAGGAGAGAGUGGUGACCUGACCCCAAGCCAGGUGAGCUCCCACCAGCACCGCAUGCCUUCAUACUGUGAGGAACUGCAACCACCAUCGCCCCUUCAUCCGUCUUUCCAACGCGACCCUUCUUCCCUCUCGCACCAUCCCGUCCACCAGCAUUCCAAUCUCUCGGAACCAGUCUUAUGGCACCGACGUUCCCCUCAACCGGAGUCCAGUUACUCGCCGGCCCGGCCGUCGUCGCAGCAGUUCCUGGAACCGUCUUCUUCUCCCCUCCCUCCGCAGCAGACACACCAUUCUGAUCUCAUGAUGAAACUGCAGAGUCCUUCGCGCCGGCCGUCCCAGCAACCUUCGAACCUCAACCCGCAGUCUGGCGACAUGGCCGCUGCGGACCGUGCCUCGGGGUUACGACAGCCGCAGGCGGAUUCCUCAAGCCAGCCGCAGAGCUUCCGGCGAGAUUCUCAGGCUGCCCAGGGUCAUUCCCCGUACCCGGGCACUCCACCGGGCGCCAGCUUCAAGGGCAAUUCGUCCCAGCAGAACCUCCAGGAGCAUCAACAAGGGCGGGAGACUCCGCCAUCGGCCCAGCAAAGCAAGUCGCGAGAGGACCUGGAGGAAGUAGAUGUAGCGGCGCUGAUCCAAAAGCAUGAAGAGCUCCAGGCCAAGUAUAACAAGGUCAAGAGAUACUAUUUUGAAAAGGAGGCCCAGGUGCAACAAUUGCAGAAUACGGUGGCCCAUCAGCGGAUGGCAGUGUCGCGCACGGUCUUGGAUGAUAACGAGUACACAGCACGGUUCAAUCGCCUUGAUGGAGCCAUCAAGGAUCUCUCGUUUUCUAUCCGCAAGGAGUGGCAGAGCAUCCCCAACUGGCUGCAGUCGUACGUCAACGAGGACGCGGUCACCGUGGGCACCAAGGAAAUGACUGCCGUGGGACGCGCCGUGAUCUCUCGAUGGCUGGUUGAUGAAAUCUUUGACCGUCUCUUUCACCCGGAUUUGGAACCCAAUUUAAGUAUACAACUCAAGAUGAUCGAGACAAACCUACGACGACAACAGCCUCAGGCUGCUACGGAAGAGGACAAGGAGAAUCAGAUCGCGCGCAUCUCCAACUGGCGGCGAGCGACUCUGGACGGUCUUACGGAGGUGUUACAAUCGAAGUCGGCACAGGACCACCGCUCCCAGCUGACGGAGGGUCUCAUUGAAAAGCUCAUUGCAAGCUUGGGGAUGAGUCUGAAAGAUCCCCCGCCGCCGGAGAUCGAGCACGGGGCGAGGAUGAUUAUUGAGAAUGCGCUGAACAUCGCAGAGAAGAUCCCCCUGGAAGCUCGAGAUAUCUGCGUGGAGUAUUUUAUGCCCGGGACGACGGUCACGGAAUCGGUGAUGAAGGUCGAAACGGGACUGCCCGCUCUGAACCGUCCGGGUGCCGCUGGGUCGCCUCCGAGUCAGGAACAACAACGCUCUGAACGACCCAGACGGGAUAGUUCGGAGGACGUAGAUAUGGACAGAGACGCCGUGAAGGAAUCCUCCACCGCUCCCACCACCACCACCACCACCACCACCACCACCACCACUGGGUCCCCGUCGAGGGAUGCUUCCCCUCCGCAGACGCAACCCAGUCUGCCCGCAAACCGGGAGCAAAGGAAGAAGUACGUGUUUGGGAAUUUCAUGAGCAAAAAGUCGUCGUCCUCGUCGUCCUCGUCGCCAAGCGCGGGCAGCAGCCCUGGCUCGCAGCAGCAGGACUCUACACGACCCGGCUCAGCGGCCGCCAAAGACCGGGACCGGGACGAGGCCGAGAAACAACAAGAGAGCAGCAGCGGCAGCAGCAGCAGCCGCUCGCCAACGCGAAUCCGGUUUGCGGCAUUCAUGGCGGUCGAAGUCCGGGGGAAGGGUCCGAACAAUGUGCUGAUCAAAGCUCCUGUGUAUGCGUUGGAUGGGUAG